UCGAGUUACACUACGCCCCAUCUUUAAGCCCCAGUCAGAGCGCCGUUAGCCGCAGGACAACAGGGGAUAGGGUAGGGGACUGGACGUCGGGGAAGUAAACCCUCCACACUCAUGUCGUGAAGAAGAAAAGAAAUGUUUAUGGUGACAAAUCACAUCUAACUGGAAUUGGAGAAAUGAUAGAAACAAUGGAUACACAGCGUGCCUUGCAGGCGGUGGAGCGUCUCCAGGCCAAACUGAAGGAGCGGGGGGAGGUGCCCACUGAAGAGAAGCUCAACCUGCUCAAAUCUGUGCUCCAGAGCCCCCUCUUCCACCAGAUCCUGGCUCUGCAGAAGUCUGUGCAGCAUCUCAGAGACCAGGGAAGCGUGCCAGCAUUACGUGGGAGUGAACUUACUGAUCACAUCGCAGCAGUCAAGCCCAAUGGGGGCCAUGUUUCCUACUCAGAUACUCCAGCUGUUGGACUCAUCAAUGGCAAAACAGCAUACGAGGAGUUUGAUUGUGUUAUUCAAACUAUGGCACAGGGCCGCUACGUCACACAUGUGGACCUGCAGAAGCCAGUGUCAGGAGGUCUGGGCUUCAGCGUGGUGGGUCUUAAGAGUGAGAAUCGUGGUGAGCUCGGGAUCUUUAUUCAGGAAAUACAACCAGGAAGUGUAGCACACUGUGAUGGGAAACUCAAAGAGGCAGACCAGAUCUUAGCCAUCAAUGGGCAGCCCCUGGAUCAGACAGUGACUCACCAGCAGGCUAUAGGCAUCCUGCAGAGCGCUUCAGAGAGGGUGCAGCUCGUGGUGGCAAGAGGACCUAUACCUCAGCUCGCCAGCCCUGCAGUGUCCCGCACGCCUUCUGCUGCUAGUACACUCUCUGCGAACUCCAGUGCGUGGCAGCAUGUGGAGACAAUUGAGCUUGUCAAUGAUGGCACUGGUCUGGGUUUCGGUAUUGUGGGAGGAAAAACAACAGGUGUUAUUGUCAAAACUAUCCUUCCUGGUGGGAUUGCGGAUCAGGAUGGUCGCUUGCGCAGCGGGGACCACAUCCUGAGAAUCGGAGACACCGACCUGCAUGGCAUGGGCAGCGAGCAGGUGGCUCAGGUCCUCAGGCAGUGUGGCAACAGGGUGAAGCUGGUGGUCACCAGGGGUCCUGUUGAAGAGACUCCCUCUGUCUCUGCAGUCAUGCCCGUAGUGCUCCCCACUGUCACUGAACAACAGGGAUAUGAGGAAGAGGAGGCUGAGGCAUUUGAUGUCAGCCUUACAAAGAACACACAGGGACUGGGGAUCACUAUCGCUGGCUACGUUGGAGAUAAAAAUUCAGAGCCCUCUGGUAUUUUUGUCAAGAGCAUAACAAAAGACAGUGCUGUAGAUCAAGACGGACGGAUUCAUGUCGGAGACCAGAUAAUAGCUGUUGACGGUGUAAACAUCCAGGGUUACACAAAUCAACAGGCAGUGGAGGUGCUCAGGCACACGGGCCAGACAGUCCACCUUAAGCUGAUCCGGCGGGGCUUCAAGCCUGAGGAGAUCCCUCCUGCUGUGACCCCUGUGGUCACCAUCCUGCCACCCUGUACCACCAUCCCCACCACGGCCACCGUCAUGAGGGAGCUGGAGCUGGAGAGAAAGAAAGCUGAGGAUGCUGCUACAGUCACCACAGAUGAAAGGGCGCUCCAGACAAAGAGUGACGGAUCGGAUGUCAGCCAAGCCACGGAUCAGCUAACAGAAGACAAACAUGGGAUUAAGCUAACAGCCUUUGAAGAAGAUGAACUCAUGAAAAAAUGGCAAGAAAUUCUGGGUCCAAGCAAUGAAGUUGUUGUGGCCCAGGUGGAGAAAUACAGCGAGAGCAGCGGCUUGGGCAUCAGUCUGGAGGCCAAUAGUGGGCACCAUUACAUUCGCUCUGUUCUGCCUGAGGGUCCUGUUGGUCGAUGUGGCAAGCUGUUCAGUGGAGAUGAGCUGCUAGAGGUCAACAGUAUUUCCUUAAUUGGAGAGACGCACAAGGAAGUGGUCAGGAUUUUGAAAGAGCUUCCACUCUAUGUGUAUAUGACAUGCUGUAGACCCGCCCCUCACCUGCAGACUGACAUGGAUGCUGUCCAGCCAGAGUCGGAGGUUUUAUCCACAACGACUGCAUUAAAGCAGAAACAAAUAGACCUGAGCAGUGUGCUGGUUGCUGAAGACUCCGAGGUGAACACAGCGGCAGCAGCAACACAGGAAAAUGUCACAGAGGAGGCGAUAGGAUCUCCUUUGGCUAUGUGGGAGCUGGAGAUCCAGAAUAUCGAGCUUGAGAAGGGAGAAGGGGGACUAGGAUUUAGCAUUUUAGACUACCAGGACCCACUAGACCCCGCCAAGACGGUGAUCGUGAUUCGCUCUCUGGUUCCUAACGGUGUGGCCGAGCAGGAUGGCAGGCUAUUACCAGGAGACAGGCUCAUGUAUGUUAACAACACCGACCUGGAGAACGCCAGCCUGGAGGAUGCCGUUCAGGCCUUAAAGGGGGCCAAACUCGGCAAGGUCCAAAUAGGAGUUGCCAAACCAUUGCCUGAUUUAGGAUAUUCCCACUCUCCACACCCAUAUGGUGAGCAGGAAAUUACUCCAUCAUCCACCAUCCAUUCAUUUGCCUUCAACAAUAUUAUGGUUGAAGAAGGAGAGGAAGGAGGACUGGCUGAGGGCAUCGUUUACCGAGCUGAGCCUGCAUUGAUUGACACAGGGGAAGCAGACCUAACUGACGAAAAGGUGUUAGAUCACACUUAUGCGACUAUCGAGGAUGACACUUUCCAGGCGUCGAUGAUUGCUCUUCGGGGUAGCACCUGCAGCCCAGACCUAGAUUUUCUGAACUCAUCCACACCCAAGCUGACAGCUCGCCUCGACUUGGCGGAAGAGUGUACCCGCUUUUCUACAGCGUCCGACCUCACCGACAACACAGAGAAGUCGGCUUCUUUCACCCCUCCCAGUCUGAGAAGCCACAUUCAGGAUUAUGAUGCCAUACUGACCAGCAGCGAUGACUACCUGGCUCAGCAUGUGACCAAAGAAGAAGAAGUUGAGAGCACAAACUCUUACAGCACAUUUGCUAAUGUCCAAGAUGAGCCUGUGGAGCCACCUAUGUCUUUUGGAGAUAUAAAGAUUCUGAUGAAGGACGAGGACGCCGUCCUGAAAGAAACGACAGAAGAUGGCGACAAGGAGGUGCUGACCUCGGGGAGCAACUUUGAAAGGACGAUCACUGUAGUCAAAGGCAACUCCAGCCUUGGGAUGACGGUGAGUGCCAUGAAAGACGGCUUGGGAAUGCUGGUCCGCAGUAUCAUCCACGGAGGCUCCAUCAGCCGCGACGGACGUCUAGGUGUUGGUGAUCUCAUCCUGGCCAUCAAUGGGGAACCCACAGCCAACCUUACCAACGCUCAGGCCCGAGCCAUGCUGAGAAGGCACUCUCUGAUUGGACCAGACCUGGGAUCUGCUUGUGCACCUGAGGACGAUCUGUGCCCAUUUUCUGUCAUUACAUAUGUUCCAGCAGAGUACCUGGAGGAGUACAAGGCCAGCCUGGAGCAGAGUGCAGAUGAGGUUUUCUCCGAUACAGCCUCAGCCCUGAAUCCAGCUCCAGCUUCAAAAGAUAUUCGUAACCUCCCUGAACGGGAAGAUGGAGAGGGCGAGGAGAGCGCCUCUUAUGGCAACUGGAACCAACCAAGAAAAGUGGAGCUCUUUCGUGAACCAGGCAAGUCCCUGGGUAUCAGUAUUGUCGGAGGCAGAGGGAUGGGCAGCCGGCUGAGCAAUGGAGAGGUGAUGAGGGGCAUUUUUAUCAAACACAUCCUGGAGGACAGUCCUGCGGGACAAAAUGGGACCCUAAAGACUGGAGACAGAAUUGUAGAGGUGGAUGGAGUGGACCUUAGAGAUGCCAGUCACGAGGAGGCAGUGGAGGCCAUACGUAGGGCAGGGAACCCUGUUUCCUUCUUGGUACAGAGUAUUAUCCACAGGCCCAGGAAGCCGCCCCUGCCCUUUCUGAAGCUUAAUAGCCACUGCGGGUCGAGCCUUCGCUGCACUAAUCAAACCUACUUAGCUCCUGCCCUCCCUCAGCAGCCGUCAAACACAGACUCCAGUGACGAGAGAGCUGCAGCUAUAACAAGGGACAACAAGGACAAGCCUGUGAAGCGUGAAGCGGCGAAGGUGGCUCCCACGAGCACCCUCCUCCCCCUACCAGUGGUGCCCCAUGUGGGAGAGACCGAUACGGACUCGCUGACGGAGAUUCCUGGCAGGCCUGCUGCUGAGGCAGAGGAGGACAACGAGGUGGAGGAGGAGGUGGAGGACGAGUUUGGAUACAGCUGGAAAAACAUAAUCCAGCGCUACAGCAGCCUCCCUGGUGUUCUACACAUGAUCGAGCUGGAGAAAGGCAAGACAGGCUUGGGCCUCAGCCUGGCUGGGAACAGGGACCGCUCACGCAUGAGUGUCUUCGUGGUGGGAAUAGACCCCAAUGGAGCGGCUGGCAGAGACGGACGAAUGGUCAUAGGGGAUGAACUGCUAGAGAUCAAUGGACAAGUCCUUUAUGGCCACAGUCACCAGAAUGCCUCCUCCAUCAUCAAGAGCUCUCCAUCCAAAGUGAAAAUCAUCUUUGUCAGGAACACGGAGGCGCUGAACCAGAUGGCUGUGGGACCGGUGAGGGAGCACGAGGGAGACAUGGUGGAGCCCCACACUGAGCCUGAAGCAACUGCUGCAAAUGGUGACAACGACAUAUCAAAGCAUGAAAAUGACAUCGUAAAAAUAAAGGAUGAUGGAGGACAUGGCAUCAUCUUUGUGGAGGGAAAUACAGAGAGUGGAGUUGAGAUUGAGAGUGUAUCUGAAGUGGAUGCACACACAAGCAAAGAGGACUGCAUGAAACCAGGGGACAAACUCUUCGCUGUCAACGGAGAAUCAGUGCUUGGUUUCUCAGUGGAAAAGUCAACCUGCCAGGAUGGAGGUGUGCUCUCCAGCCUACCCAGCAUGCCAAGUGCCACCAUGAGUACCUUGAGUCCACCAGAGGCAGAGGCAGCCACAAGUUUAAGUCGCUCAUCCACCCCUUCCACUUUGACCUGUGAUCCAGCGACGUGUCCCAUCAUUCCCGGCUGUGAGACUACCAUUGACAUAUCGAAAGGGCGCACGGGUCUGGGCCUGAGCAUUGUGGGAGGCUGUGACACCUUGCUGGGGGCCAUUAUUAUCCAUGAAGUCUAUGAAGAAGGGGCAGCCUCCAAAGAUGGCAGACUCUGGGCAGGAGACCAAAUCCUUGAGGUGAACGGCAUUGACCUGCGUGCAGCCACUCAUGACGAGGCCAUCAAUGUUUUGCGUCAGACCCCACAGAGAGUCCGCCUGACGGUCUACAGGGAUGAGGCCCAGUACAAGGAGGAUGACCUGUGGGACUCGUUCACUGUUGAGCUCCACAAGAAGCCAGGACAGGGCCUGGGCAUGAGUAUUGUAGGAAGGAGGAACGACACUGGAGUAUUUGUGUCUGAUAUUGUAAAAGGAGGUUUGGCGGACACUGAUGGCAAACUGAUGCAAGGGGACCAGAUCCUGUCGGUAAACGGCGAGGAUGUCAGAUCUACAACUCAGGAGGCUGUGGCUGCACUACUAAAGUGCUGCGUGGGACCUUUAAAAAUGGAAAUCGGGAGGUUUAAGGCAGGCCCUUUCCACUCUGAAAGAAGGCUGUCACAAAAUAGUCUGAUGAGUGACCUAGGCACCUCCAAGUUGGCGUCUUAUUUGUGCUCAGACUCUGGAAACCUCUCUGCUGACAAAAUAACAGCAGAGCCUCAGGACACCAGAACUGUCGAGAUCACCAAAAGUCCAAAUGAGUCUCUGGGCAUCAGUAUAGCAGGCGGCGUGGGCAGCCCUCUGGGUGAUAUACCUAUCUUCAUCGCCAUGAUGAAUCCUGUGGGCGUGGCUGCUCAGACGCAGAAACUCAAGAUCGGAGACCGCAUCGUCAGUAUCUGUGGAACCUCAACUGAAGGAAUGAGCCACUCGCAGGCCGUCGCUCUGCUCAAGAACGCUACAGGCACAAUACAGCUGCAGGUGGUAGCAGGCGGUGACACCACUGUGACAGGUCCCUCUCAGGAGCAGGCAGCUGGAGGUCUGACACCCAGCUGCAUCUUCCAGGAUGACCUCGGCCCGCCUCAGUAUAAGACCAUCACUCUUGGACGAGGACCUGACGGACUGGGUUUCAGUAUCGUGGGCGGGUAUGGCAGCCCCCAUGGAGACUUGCCGAUUUACGUCAAAACAGUUUUUGGAAAGGGGGCAGCCGCAGAGGAUGGCCGUCUGAAGAGAGGGGACCAGAUAAUGGCGGUUAAUGGACAGACUCUGGAGGGCGUCACUCAUGAAGAAGCCGUUGGCAUCCUGAAGAGGACCAAAGGAACUGUCACACUCACUGUGCUAUCAUAGAAACAGUCUCCACUUUGUUCCUGGUCUUAUCACACAUGAAGUAACACCCAAUCAAGAAAGGCAGAAACUUUCUUAACACAUCACACGACACAGGUGUGAUGUUAUAUCUUGCACGAGGAAAACCAGCAAUAUAUCACAUCUAGAAGACUGUGCUACACUCACCUGUGAAUAUGUGCACACUGAAAUACUGAUAAUCACAAAGAACCUAACGUAGCCUGAAACACUGUGAUCCAUAUAAGCCUACUGUAGGUAUACUCAUGUUCAGAAUGUGUCAAUAUAAGAGUUUUAUCACUGAAACUGUCACCAGAAUACACCUAGAGCAGUAUUUUAGACAGAUGAGUGUUUGGUUAAGUUGGUAAAUGAAGUUCAAAGAGGCUGAAGAAGUAUUAGACUUGGUGAAACUAAAGUUACAUUCCAUGGCUCUGUUAUGAAGUAUUCACUGAACUUUGUGAGUCACGAAUCUAAGGUUUCUGUCGUGAAUUUUAAUGUAAUGCAUUAUUUUAUUUUACACAGGAUUACUGCAGAGAAGCAGCCCUGUAUUAGGUUGUUUUUUACCAUCUGGAGUCUACUCAAAGAGGAGACUUUUUACUAAAUUAAGAGCAUGAAAAAGCACCCAUGGUUAUUUACUGAUUAGCCAGAUUUGGCUAAUGGCGACAUUAGCUGAUAAGAGCAUUAUUUGUCUCUUACAUUGCAUGACUGUUGGCAAGUUUUCAUACGGAUUUUCCCAAAAGGCUAAUGCUGCUGUAACCUGUGUUGAUCAACUUACCAUGAAGUCACUGAGACAAAGAGAGCAUUUUGAAAGAGCCGAAGGGGGAGGAAGAGUGGUAACACAUCCCUGAAGGAAAGAUGUGAAUCCUUGCUGCAUGUUCCUUAAAUUAUGAAGUGUUUAAGUGCACACUAGAGGAAAAUUCAAGUGUGUAUGACCUAUUCACUGAACUUUAGUGCUGCUAAAGCUGAUACAUUUGGUAUUAUUUCACAGUAUUUGGAAUUUUUAUAAAGUAUUAAUGAAAGUUUGUAUCAUUAAAAUGCACAGAAAGUAAACCGGCCUGCUAUCUUUAAUGGAUGGGCAAGCUGUUUUAAAGGUCAAAUGUUUAUAUAAUGAACCCCGGCUCAUUUUAGCCUCAUUAUGUAUUCAAAAUAAAGUCCUGUAGUGUAUAGUUAAAGUGCUUAGAUGUGUUGUGUGUCCUUGUGCUUUCAGAGAACUCUGUUCUCUAGAACUGUCAAUAUGGCAGUAUUGAGCUUAUUCACACUGAAUUAAAUAAAAGUGACCUUUGGAUUCAA